AUGGCAGCCUUCACUGCUCAAAGCUUGGCUUUAAUUUUCGGUCUCUUAGGUGUACUCAUUGCUUUCCUUUUCGCAUUCCUAUGGAAUAUUGUGGCAUUCAUGGUGUUCCUGGCACCAGUGCCUACCUUUUACAAAAUCUACAAGAGGAAAACAUCGGAAGGGUUUCAAUCAAUACCAUAUUCAGUAGGGCUCUUCAGUGCUGCAUUAUUGCUAUAUUAUGCUUUUCUGAAGACAAAUGCAUUUAUGCUCGUCAGCAUUAACGGCAUUGGCUGUGUUAUAGAAAUAAUAUACCUUCUGUUGUACGUUACAUAUGCUCCCAAGAAGCUCAAGAUUUUCACAGUGAGAUUGAUACUCCUAUUCAAUGUAGGAGGUCUUGGGUUGAUCAUGCUAGUCUCUUUCUUCCUCGUCAAAGGCCCCAAGAGAGUGAUGCUUAUAGGAUGGAUAUGUGCUGUCUUCAACCUUGCUGUAUUUGCCGCUCCCCUAAGCAUCAUGAGGCAAGUGAUAAGAACCAAAAGUGUAGAGUUCAUGCCAUUCACUCUAUCAUUGUUCCUCACCAUGUGUGCCACCACCUGGUUCUUCUAUGGAUUCUUCGUGAAGGAUUUCUACAUUGCAUUACCAAAUGUUUUGGGAUUUUUAUUUGGGAUCGCUCAAAUGAUACUGUACCUCAUAUACAAAAAUGCCAAGAACGAUAACGAAUUGGACUUGAAGCCAAAUGGAUCAGGGACUACAGAUAUGAAGUCGAGUUCAGUAGAAAUUGAUGAUCAAAAAGAAGAUAUGGAGUUGAAGGUUAUAGUCUGUGAGGACAAACCAACCAAAGGAAGUGGAUUCUAA